UCAGAAUUUAACUGCUCGUCAAGUCGUUUAAAUAAGCUUUCCCAUCAAUAUGGAAAAAAUGGCAAUAUUUAACACUCGAAAACUGUUUAUUUGACGUGCAGUUGUGUACAACAAUAACAACGACGGAAGUGAAGUGCUCUUCAUUGGAAUACCAAAAAAAAAAAUUGCACACAAAAUAUAAUUUGUGUUGAACAUAAUAUUGUCGACAUUCUACGUGGGAUUUAUCCCAACGUCAGAUCAGCUCAACUAUAAAAAACGUACUCGAAAUUGCAGCUUUUGUCGCUCAAAAGCUCUAACAAUAUUCAAAGCAGAACAUAAACAUAAGAUGUCCUUCACACAUAAAACGCACACGCAUUGCAACGCGCGGCAGCGUUUAAACUCAUUCAAACUUAUCGGCAUGUGUCCCUUCCUCCUCCUGCUGCUGCUGCUUGCGCAUACACGUAGCAGUCACGCCGACGGCCUGCAACAUAUGGGCGAGAAUAGUGGUGGAUUAGGCAGUAAUGGACAUAUGGGCAUGGGCAUGGGCAUGGGCUCACAUGGUAUGGAAGUAAGUCCGGCGCCUGGUUAUGCUGUGCCUGUCAUGCCGAAGGAUCCGAAUUCGCGUUGUGAAGAAAUCACCAUACCAAUGUGUCGCGGUAUUGGUUAUAAUAUGACUACGUUUCCGAAUGAAAUGAAUCAUGAGACGCAAGAAGAAGCGGGCUUGGAAGUACAUCAAUUUUGGCCAUUAGUUGAAAUAAAAUGUUCACCAGAUCUGAAAUUUUUCCUUUGCUCCAUGUAUACGCCUAUAUGCCUCGAGGAUUAUCACAAGCCCUUACCUGUUUGUCGAUCAGUAUGUGAACGUGCGCGUGCUGGUUGUGCGCCUAUAAUGCAACAGUACAGUUUUGAAUGGCCUGAACGUAUGGCAUGUGAACAUUUGCCCUUCCACGGUGAUCCGGAAAAUCUCUGCAUGGAACAACCUUCGUAUACUGAAUCUGGUAGCAGUGGCAGCGGCAGCAGUGGUUCAGGUAGAGAUUCUAGUAUGGGUACUGGUUCGGGCAGUAGUGGCGGCAAACGUAAACAAUCUGGUUCUGGCUCUUCACAAAAAUGCAAAGGUAAAAAUCCAAAAAACUGCCAAAAUUCCCUAGGAGAAAGAACAAACGCAAAGGAAUGCACAUGCACAUGUCGUCCACCGUUGAUACUCCUGGGGAAAGACGCAUUGAUGCAACAGCCACCAAUGCAUCAUCCUUGGUUCAUCAACUCGACUGUGGCAAGAAUCGCCGGCGUUCAAAAUUGCGCCAUUCCAUGCAAGGGGCCGUUCUUCACAAACGACGAAAAGGAGUUCGCCGGCAUUUGGAUAGCACUCUGGUCGGGCCUAUGUUUUUGCAGCACGCUCAUGACACUAACAACAUUCAUCAUAGACACAGAAAGGUUUAAGUAUCCAGAACGACCAAUUGUUUUUUUGUCGGCUUGUUACUUUAUGGUUGCUGUGGGUUACCUCUCGAAAAAUUUUCUACAAAAUGAAGAAAUUGCGUGCGAUGGGCGUUUGCUGAAGGAAAGUUCGACAGGACCACAUUCAUGCACACUGGUCUUUUUGUUGACAUACUUUUUCGGCAUGGCUUCUUCUAUAUGGUGGGUUGUAUUGAGCUUCACCUGGUUUUUGGCAGCUGGCUUAAAAUGGGGCAAUGAAGCAAUCACAAAACAUUCGCAAUAUUUCCACCUUGCGGCUUGGCUCAUACCCACUGUUCAAUCCGUGGCUGUGUUAUUGCUUUCUGCUGUCGAUGGAGAUCCAAUUUUAGGCAUCUGCUAUGUUGGCAAUCUAAAUCCUGAUCAUUUGAAAACUUUUGUUUUGGCACCAUUAUUCGUGUAUUUGGUUAUUGGCACCACUUUUCUCAUGGCUGGAUUCGUGUCACUGUUUCGCAUACGCUCUGUGAUUAAGCAGCAAGGCGGUGUUGGCGCUGGCGUCAAAGCUGAUAAACUGGAAAAACUCAUGAUACGCAUUGGUAUUUUUUCCGUCCUUUAUACCGUCCCAGCAACUAUUGUAAUUGGGUGUCAUCUCUAUGAAGCGGCGUAUUUUGAGGAUUGGAUAAGAGCACUAGCAUGUCCGUGUGCACAAGUCAAAGGACCUGGAAAAAAACCACUUUACUCUGUGCUCAUGUUAAAAUAUUUUAUGGCUUUGGCAGUAGGUAUAACAUCAGGUGUUUGGAUAUGGUCGGGUAAAACUCUUGAAAGUUGGAAUCGUUUCUGGCGUAGACUAUUUGGACAACCAGAUCGUACUGGUGCUAAUCAAGCGCUUAUUAAGCAACGUCCACCAAUACCACAUCCAUAUGCCGGUUCAGGUAUGGGAAUGCCAGUUGGCUCAGCUGCUGGUUCACUUUUAGCCACACCAUAUACACAAGCUGGUGGUGCUUCGGUAGCAUCUACCAGCCACCACCAUUUGCACCACCAUGUACUUAAGCAACCAGCAGCAAGUCACGUAUGACAUGGAGAGUCAGGUGGAGCU